UUUUUAUUCAUUGCAAAAUAAAUUAUAAAAAUGAAAAUUCUAUUAUUCAUAGCAUUGGUGUCUAUAGUGAGCGCACAGUUUAAUGAUUUUGAUAUCAAAGACUAUAAAGAUGUGAUUAACUCACGAAACUUUACGGGGAAAGUAAUUUUGGUGACCGGUUCCAACUCUGGCAUCGGGGAGGGUAUUGUCAAACUGUUCUCCAUAUUGGGAGCCAAUGUUGUGGUCACCGGUAGGAAAGCUGAUGACGUCCAGAGAGUUGGUAAAGAAGUUCAAGAAUUAUCGCCAAAGAAACUAAAGUUGUCUCAAGAGUUAGCCUACGCUCCCGCAAAGGCCGGCUUAGAUAUGUUGACUCGAGUACUGGCUCUCGAAUUGGGACCCAAAGGCAUUCGUGUCAACACUUUGAAUCCCGGCGCCACUCAAGUGGAUAAAACUGGUGAUCCAGGAGUUGACAAAAUAACGCCAUUGAGACGAGAGGGACAACCAUUAGAUAUGGCGAAAGGGGUGGCAUUCCUGGCCUCAAGUGAUGCCUCAUUCAUAACCGGUGCUAACCUUGUGGUCGACGGCGGACUCGUCUAUAAUAUGGGAGCUCUUGGGAUGUGAAACGUUUAAAGAAAACAAGAAUUUAUAUUAUAAUUAUGAUUAAGAAGUAGAGUAAUUGGCUUUAGAUUAAGUCUCUAUGAUUUUUAAAAUAA